AGUCCCAGCCCGGCCCAGCCCCGGCCCGGCCCGCCCGGCCCUGCGUCGCAGUCUCCCUCCCUCCCGCUCUGUCCCUGCUCGGGCUCCCACCCUCCUCGCCCGUGCGGAGAGCACUCGGCCCGGUGGCGCGAGCAGAGCCAUUCCAGGGAGGGGGGGAGACCGCGAAGCAGCCGACCCAGCCAGCCUGGGCGGGACCCCGAGGCCCCGGAGGGACCCCGACUCCAGCCACGUCUCUCUCGGCACCCGCCCAGCGCGACCACUGGCAGGACGCCCCCCCGACCGGCCUCCCGCGCGCGCGGCGGGGACGUGGGGGUCACACCUGAGCGCCGCCAGCCGGUGCCCGGCGCGCCCCGCAUGGGCCAGUGCUGAAGGCCCCGACGUAGAGUCCCACGAGGGGAAUCGGCGUCCACCCGCCCAGGGGAGGGUCAGACCUGGGGGGGCUAGGGCCCCCCAAACUCGGAUCGGAUCCAAGCAGUGAGGAGGCGCCAUGGAGCUCCGGGCGCUGCUCUGCUGGGCUUCGCUCGCUGCCGCUUUAGAAGACACCCUGCUCAACACAAAAUUGGAAACUGCAGACCUGAAGUGGGUGACAUACCCUCAGGUGGAGGGGCAGUGGGAGGAGCUGAGCGGCCUGGACGAGGAGCAGCACAGCGUGCGCACUUACGAGGUGUGUGACCUGCAGCGCGCCCCCGGCCAGGCCCACUGGCUGCGCACCGGCUGGGUCCCUAGGCGAGGCGCAGUGCACGUGUAUGCCACACUGCGUUUCACCAUGCUGGAGUGCCUGUCCCUGCCUCGGGCUGGCCGCUCCUGCAAGGAGACCUUCACUGUCUUCUACUACGAGAGCGAAGCUGACACUGCCACGGCACAUACGCCAGCUUGGAUGGAGAACCCCUACAUCAAGGUGGACACAGUGGCUGCUGAGCAUCUGACACGGAAGCGCCCUGGGGCCGAGGCAACCGGGAAGGUGAAUGUCAAGACAUUGCGCCUGGGUCCACUCAGCAAGGCUGGCUUCUACCUGGCUUUCCAGGACCAGGGUGCCUGCAUGGCUCUACUGUCCCUGCACCUCUUCUAUAAGAAGUGCCCCCAGAAGAUCAUGAACCUGACCUACUUCCCAGAAACUGUGCCUCGGGAGCUUGUGGUACCCGUGGCAGGAAGCUGUGUGGCCAACGCCGUUCCUGCCCCUGGUCCCAGCCCCAGCCUGUACUGCCGGGAAGAUGGCCAGUGGGCUGAGCAGCCAGUCACCGGCUGCAGAUGUGCCCCAGGAUUCGAGGCCGUUGAGGGGAACAUGAAGUGCCAAGCCUGUGGCCAGGGUACCUUCAAGCCCCAGGCAGGGGAGGGGUCCUGCCAGCCAUGCCCAGCCAACAGCCACUCUAAUACCAUCGGAUCACCUGUCUGCCAGUGCCGUAUCGGGUACUACCGGGCCCGAGCAGACCCCCGGGGUGCACCCUGCACCACCCCUCCCUCUGCUCCACGAAGUGUGGUUCCCCAUUUGAAUGGCUCCUCCCUGCGCCUGGAGUGGAGCGCCCCACUUGAGUCUGGGGGCCGAGAUGACCUCACCUACGCUCUGCGUUGCCGAGAGUGCCGUCCUGGGGGCUCCUGCAUGCCUUGUGGGGGAGACCUGACCUUCGACCCUGGCCCUCGGGACUUGGUGGAGCCAUGGGUGGCAAUUCGAGGGCUGCGUCCUGAUUUCACCUAUACCUUUGAGGUCACUGCCUUGAAUGGUGUGUCUUCCUUAGCCACAGGGCCUGUCCCAUUUGAGCCUGUCAAUGUCACCACCGACCGUGAGGUGCCACCUGCAGUCUCUGACAUUCGUGUGACACGGUCAUCACCCAGCAGCUUGAGCCUAGCAUGGGCUGUUCCCCGAGCACCCAGUGGGGCUGUGUUGGACUAUGAAGUCAAGUAUCACGAAAAGGGUGCGGAGGGUCCAAGCAGUGUACGAUUCCUGAAAACAUCAGAAAACCGUGCAGAGCUUCGAGGGCUGAAGCGGGGAGCCAGCUACCUGGUUCAGGUUCGGGCACGCUCAGAGGCUGGAUACGGCCCCUUUGGUCAGGAACAUCACAGUCAGACCCAGCUGGAUGAGAGUGAGAGCUGGCGGGAGCAGCUGGCCUUGAUUGCAGGCACAGCGGUUGUGGGCGUGGUGCUGGUCCUGGUGGUUGUUGUCAUCGCUGUUCUCUGCCUCAGGAAGCAGAGCAGUGGGAGGGAAGCGGAGUGCUCAGAUAAACAUGGACAGUACCUCAUUGGUCACGGUACUAAGGUCUACAUUGACCCCUUCACUUACGAAGACCCUAACGAGGCAGUGAGGGAAUUUGCCAAAGAGAUUGAUGUCUCCUAUGUCAAGAUUGAAGAAGUGAUCGGUGCAGGUGAGUUUGGUGAGGUGUGCCGGGGGCGACUGAAGGCCCCGGGGAAGAAGGAGAGUUGUGUGGCCAUUAAGACCCUGAAAGGUGGUUAUACGGAGAGGCAGCGGCGUGAGUUCCUGAGUGAGGCCUCCAUCAUGGGUCAGUUCGAACACCCCAACAUCAUCCGCCUGGAGGGCGUGGUCACCAACAGUGUUCCUGUCAUGAUCCUCACAGAGUUCAUGGAGAAUGGUGCUCUGGACUCCUUCCUUCGGCUGAACGAUGGGCAGUUCACUGUCAUCCAGUUGGUGGGCAUGCUGCGAGGCAUUGCCUCAGGCAUGCGGUACCUUGCCGAGAUGAGCUAUGUCCACCGAGACCUGGCUGCCCGCAACAUCCUGGUCAACAGCAACCUGGUCUGCAAGGUCUCAGACUUUGGCCUUUCCCGAUUCUUGGAGGAGAACUCUUCGGAUCCCACCUACACAAGCUCUCUGGGAGGAAAAAUUCCUAUCCGAUGGACAGCUCCCGAAGCAAUUGCUUUUCGGAAGUUCACAUCUGCCAGCGACGCUUGGAGCUAUGGGAUUGUGAUGUGGGAGGUGAUGUCAUUUGGGGAACGGCCGUACUGGGACAUGAGCAAUCAGGAUGUGAUCAACGCCAUUGAACAAGACUACCGGCUUCCCCCACCCCCAGAUUGCCCCACCUCCCUCCACCAGCUCAUGCUGGACUGUUGGCAGAAGGACCGGAACGCACGGCCCCGCUUCCCCCAGGUGGUCAGCGCCCUUGACAAGAUGAUCCGGAAUCCUGCCAGCCUCAAAAUCGUGGCCAGGGAGAAUGGCGGGGCCUCACACCCACUCCUGGACCAACGGCAGCCUCACUACUCAGCUUUUGGCUCUGUGGGCGAGUGGCUUCGAGCCAUCAAGAUGGGAAGAUAUGAAGAAAGUUUUGCAGCAGCUGGAUUCAGCUCUUUUGAGCUUGUCAGCCAGAUCUCUGCUGAGGACCUGCUCCGAAUUGGAGUUACUCUGGCGGGACACCAGAAGAAAAUUUUGGCCAGUGUCCAGCAUAUGAAGUCCCAAGCCAAGCCAGGAGCCCCGAGUGGGACAGGAGGACCAGCAUCGCAGUACUGACCUCCAGGACCUAGCCACCCCAGGGAUCACAGCCUCCUCUUCUUCCUGGGGCAGAGCUGGGUGGGGACUCACAGAGGCCCCCAUCCCUGCUCCCCACUGGAUUGCACUUUGAACCCGUGGGGGUGUGGAGUUGGCAACUUGGAGAGAUUUGGGGGUUGUGCCAUAUGGGAGUGUGGAAAUCACAUCCUGCCUUAUUCCAGGCAGGGAACCCCAGACCCAGGGUGAGGAUGCUUUUCCCUCAGGAUUGGGUGUGACCAGAGGGAAAGGAAGUGCCUGUGAUCUCCCCGCCUCCCCAUGGCGCUCCCCUCACCUUGACAGGGCAUGCCCCUGCAGACCAAAGAGAGAGGGUGGCCAGCCUGCCAGCUCUGGAGUGGAGCCCUGUCCCAGGAGGCAGGAAGGGAUAUCAUGGCCCAGUGACACAAUCAUUGGAUUUUGAUGUCCCAACUUGCUGCUGUUGCCACCAAACACAAUCACCUUUUCCUUGUAAAUGCCCCUCCCCUAUCUGCUGCCUUCAUAUUGAAGGUUCUGAAUUUUAUAUAUUUUUUUGGUUUUUGGUCUUAUUUUUUCCUCCCUCCCUUUUUGUUUUUGUUUUUCUACCAUCCUUGUCCUAAUUUUUUUUGUGCUGGAGGGUACCUGUUUCACUGUCUCCUCCUGUGCCCAAGUUGAAACAGGGAUCCAUCAGUGUGUCUUUCCAAAACAGUGCCUUGAUCAUGCCACCACCCAAGACAGUUUUCUGUCCCCCAAGUGCCCCCAAGCUAUGUCCAUGAAUGAGUGCAGGGGGUGUGGUGGGGGAUGAAAAGGGGCAGGAGGGCUGUGGUGGAAACGAGAGACAGACACCGGUGCUUGGAGGGGCUCUUAAAUUAUAUUUAAAAAGAAACUUUUUUUUUUUGUAUAAAUAAAAGAAAAUGGGAUGUGUCCCGGUUCUGGGAGU